GUUAAUAUUCUGAAACAGCAGAAAACAAUUUUUGUGGCAAAAUUAGAAAUUAAAAAAAGGUAGAGGAUUCAUGAGGUGACUGAAUUUGGAUUUUAUGGCGUAGACUCCAAUCAUCUCAAAGUGCUUUGAGAGAGUGGUACUGGCCCGCAUUCAGAACAGCGUACCGGAAACCCUGGACCCCUGCAGUAUGCCUACAGGCCAGUGGCGGCUGCUGGUUUUUAAAACAGGGGAAGCCCAUUUUACGCAUUCAUCGUAAAACCUGUAGGCCGGAUAUCAAAGCAUAGAAAGGUGUGCCUCAUUAGCAUAGUGAACUAGACAACCCCACCUAGUGGCAGAAAGUAUUUUUGCUUGUACAUUUCAUGUUAUAGUCUGGCUUGCCAGGCUAGUGCCUCAUAUCCUUAAUCAAAAAUAUCAAACAUCCAAAAAUCACUGGCUAUUCAACGAAGAGCCUUGAACAUCAUACCCUGAUAAGCAACACAGAGUCUUUAACACAACACCCAGCUGUGCAACACAUCCUUGAACAUCUUCUGCAACACAGUCUGGAAAUUCAUAACCAGGAAAAGCAGCGGUCCAUUUGCACAGGAGUCCCUUUAUCUGUACCAGGCGAGACAGAGAGGAAGACAGGAGAGACAGACAGACAGACAGACAGGGAGGAAGAGCCAGUGCUUAUCAGAGAGAGCAGCAGUCUCACUCCAGGCCCUCAGAGGAAUGAACCAGGACAAAAGCCGGUGGUCACACUAAAGGAGAUGAGCACACCACCGCUGAUAAACCCUGAGUGUAACCCUGUCAGAGGGAAGCCGCCAAUCACAGGCUCGUCUGAUGAUGAUGAUGAUGUCACAGUUCUCACUGAGUGUUUCAGAAUUAUUAGCAGAAAAUGAUGGGCUGUGUGUCAGAACAGGGCUCCUGUGGGACCAAAAAAAAUCAUGGAAGGUUUUGGACCAAAGAAAGCUAAAGUUAGUGACACAGGAUUAAUACGUUACACUGGAUAAAGUGAGUGUGAUUUAAAUGAAUUUAAACUAAUGACAUUAUUAAUCAGUUUAAAUUUCAAUAAAUAGAACCAUAAUGUGAUACUUUUUUCUACAAAACAAAAGCAAUAAUAGUGAGAAUGGAGUUAAACACCUCGAGUCAGGUGUGUUAGUGUUAUUACUGACAGGUGUGUGUGUGUGUGUGUGUCAGGGCAAAAACAAUAGAGCUGUAAAAUUAAUAAGCCUUCACUCGUACUGCCGUCCUCCCCCUCCGUCCCUCCCUCACCGUCUCUUCUUUCUUUUCUCUGAGAGCAUGUCUGUGUCAGAGCUCAGAGUCUCACUGAAGAUCUCUGUGAGAGGACACGCUGACUGGCAUCUCACUAAAGAUCUCUGUGAGAGGACACGCUGACCGGCAUCUCACUAAAGAUCUCUGUGAGAGGACACGCUGACUGGCAUCUCACUAAAGAUCUCUGUGAGAGGACACGCUGACCGGCAUCUCACUAAAGAUCUCUGUGAGAGGACACGCUGACUGGCAUCUCACUAAAGAUCUCUUUGAGAGGACACGCUGACCGGCAUCUCACUAAAGAUCUCUGUGAGAGGACACGCUGACCGGCAUCUCACUAAAGAUCUCUGUGAGAGGACACGCUGACCGGCGUCUCUCUGAAGAUCGCUGAGAGGACACGCUGACCAGAGUCUCACUAAAGAUCUCUGAGAAGACACGCUGAUCGGCGUCUCUCUGAAGAUUGCGGCGAGAGGACACGCUGACCAGAGUCUCUCUGAAGGUCUCUGUGAGAGGACAUGCUGACUGGAGUCUCUCUGUCCAGGGUCUCUCUGAAGAUCUCUGUGAGAGGAUACGCUGAUUGGCGUCUCUCUGAAGAUUGCGGCGAGAGGACACGCUGACUGGAGUCUCUCUGAAGAUCUCUGUGAGAGGACAUGCCGGUCGGCGUCUCUCUGAAGAUUGCGGCAAGAGGACACACUAACCAGAGUCUCUCUGAAGAUCUCUGUGAGAGGACACGCUGAUCGGAAUGUCACUGAAGAUCUCUGAGAGGACACGCUGAAUGGCGUCUCUCUGAAGAUCUCUGUGAGAGGACACGCUGACCGGAGUCUCUCUCAAGAUCUCUGUGAGAGGACACGCUGACCGGCAUCUCUCUGAAGAUCGCUGUGAGAGGACACGCUGACUGGCGUCUCUCUGAAGAUCACUGCGAGAGGACACGCUGACCGGCGUCUCUCUGAAGAUCACUGCGAGAGGACACGCUGACCGGCGUCUCUCUGAAGAUCGCUGCGAGAGGACACGCUGACCGGCGUCUCUCUGAAGAUCGCUGCGAGAGGACACGCUGACCGGCGUCUCUCUGAAGAUCGCUGCGAGAGGACACGCUGACCGGCGUCUCUCUGAAGAUCGCUGCGAGAGGACACGCUGACUGUCAUCUCUCUGAAGAUCGCUGCGAGAGGACACGCUGACCGUCAUCUCUCUGAAGAUCGCGGCGAGAGGACACACUGACCGGCGUGUCUCUGAAUAUUGCGGCGAGGGGACACACUGACCGGCGUCUCUCUGAAGAUCGUGACAAGGGGACACGCUGACCGGCGUCUUUCACGCUGACUACCGUAUUUUAUUUUUUUCCCUGGGAGAACACAUUCUCAGCACUAUCAUGACCCGUAAGGUGCUCAGUAACACCCGCGAGCGCUGGCGUCAGCAGAGCGUUAACACGGCGUUUGCGGAGCUCAGGAAGCUCAUCCCGACUCAUCCUCCUGAGAAGAAGCUGAGCAAGAAUGAGAUCCUGAGACUGGCCAUGCGCUACAUCACCUUCCUGCUCACGCUGCUGGAGAACCAGAGAGACGGAGCCCCAGAACACUCGUCCUCCACCCUCAUCACACUCCUCACGGGGAACAUGGGGAACCUGAGCCCACACCCAGAAACGCACUCGCCUGGAUCCGGCAGUGACGCUGCAGAGGCCUGGUAGAGCCAACAGCUCGGUGUGGAGAACUUGCAGAACCUGCUGCACGAACUUCAUGAAAAAGCUGUACUGAGUACACGAUCCAGAUUCUUUUUAUUAAUUCAGUUGUCUAAGUUUUGACUCUGUGCCGAGUUUAAAUCUGUUUCUCAUCUGGUUUAGAGUGUAUUUUGUAUUUAUGGUCAUUAUUUAUUCUCAUUAAGGCAUUUUUGUCAUAAAAAAAUAAUUUGAUGAAAAUUAACUCCAGUUCCUGUUUUUCUUGUUAAAGCUAAAUUAUUUAUUUGUAUUUAUUCCUGUUUAUUUAAGUCCUGUCCUAAUG